AUGUUGAGUUUGCCCACAUCCAGCUUAUUUAUUCUACUAUUCUCAGAAAUUGCUAGUUGUUUUGUACACGAUUCCAAAACUUAUAAGAAGCUUUUGCUAGAAAAACAAAUAGCGUUAUCUGUAGAACUUUCAGAGCGCUCUCAGUCAAUGUUAAGUUACUAUGGGAUAAUUUUAGAUAAUCCAGAGGUUAAGAGUCUCUUAAAUAUACAAGAACUUACUACAAGGGUCCAAGGUGUAUAUGCGGAGCUUGAUAAGAUUUUUCAGGAUCAAAGUUUUACUACUUUUGCAGCCAAUGAGUUUGAUCCAAAGGUAUACGAUCUUAUAACAAAGAGUAUAUCUAUAUUUUUCAAAAUGUACCUGAACAUAUACACGAUCCUGGAGGACGGAUUAAAGUCAGCAUCUCGCUCCAAACCGGAGCUGGUUAAUCCAAUUUUAUGGAAGGUCAAACGCACCUUUAUUCUCUCUGCUAUUUCUGCUGAAAUACUCUGUCUCAAGAUGCUUUAUGAUGUUACGUCACAAACUGGUGUAUUUAUAAAUCCUAUCAUGCCAGCCAUUUACUACCUCUUGGUAUUUGAAAAGGGUCUCCAAGACGAAGCUGAAAAUCCCACACUUGAAGUUGAACCAAAAGUGUUGGACGAUAUUGUUUCCAAGUACUCUAUUUCAGCUGAUGAACUAAUGCAGAGAGUUUUGGAAUCAAUCGCUGAAAACGAGAUUACAGUUAACUCAGAGGAUAGAAUUGGCAACUACAUGCAAGAUUUUAGAAAAGAGUAUAAAAAGUCCAUCAAGCCACUCUUGGAACUCAAUGGAAUACAGAUUGAGCACAUUGAGUUAUAG